UAGGCUCUAUAUAUAAAACGAUAGAACGAUUCGCUGCAAACAUUUGCCUACGAUUUGUUACGCUGCAACCCGUUUAUCGUAAAACAUCGCGGCUGUUUUGGAUUUCAAUCGUAACCGCCUGCAGCCUGCAACGAAACGUUGUUCGUGGAUUAAUACGAUUUUCCCUGUCGUGGCCGUCAACAUUGGCCGACAACGUGCACCCGUAACCAUAGUCGUACCUGCACCUGUAUCCGUAGCUACCCGGUACUCGUAUCCAUAUCCGUGCCAGCACUCAUACCAGCUUCCACGAUCGCCUCCGCAUCCGCCAACCUAUCACGAAGCGACGCGAUUACUUUUCAGUUUCAAUCGCGACCACCCGAGGCUUGUUUUCAUAUCGAUCGCUACCGAUGCAGCCUUCGAACGCGUCCAGCAAUAUCGUCGUUACACUUUGACGCUUAUGUUUGGCGUUACGACAUCACUAUGGUAACUUGAUGUACCGUUCGACGUUAUGUAUUUGCUUUUGCUUCGCUGGACGUAUUCGAGUUCUAUUCGCGAAACCUACGGAUUUCCUGCGGUGUAGCCAGUUAAUCGGCGAGAAACCUGUGUCUCUCGUUUACAUGAUCGAGUUAUACUCUGAGCGACCAUACUCUUGGAGAAAGAUUUCCAUAAAAAUCCGCACGAUCUGGUCAAUACCCUUCCAAUCCAUAGGAUCUGAGACACGGUAAUCAUGUGAAUUUGUAUGCGAGCCGAGAAGCAAAAGAAGGAAGAGAAAACGACGUUGACACGAACAAGGUAAAGGAAGAUCGAAAAGAUGCCAAUUGAUUUAUACAGUCUUGCGUAUAGUCCGCCAUGUCGGUCGGUUCUACUACUGGCAAAAGCGAUUGGAGUCCACUUGAACUUGAAAACGGUUUCCCCCAUGGACGGAGAACAUAUGAAGCCUGAUUUCCUAAAGCUAAAUCCUCAGCACGUGAUACCAACGAUGGACGAUAACGGAUUCGUUCUGUGCGAAAGUCGACCAAUUAUGGGAUAUUUGGUGAGCAAGUAUGCCAAAAACGACUCUUUGUAUCCAAAAGAUCCGAAGAAGAGAGGCAUGGUGGACCAAAUGCUAUACUUUGACGUCGGCUCGCUUCACGAGAACAUGAUUAAAUGCUACUAUCCAGUAGCGUUACACGGAGCACACUCCCUAAACGAAGAAGAUGUACAAGCCGUAGAAAAGUCAUGCGAAUUGUUGAACACGUAUCUGGAAAAUAGCGAAUUCGUUGCCGGUGAUACUCUUACCAUCGCUGAUUUUGCCAUCCAUACGACUAUUUGCAUUUUGUUGUGCUUCGACUUCGAUAUUGGUCGAUACGACAAUGUGGCUGCCUGGUACAAUCGUUGCAAGCAACUCCUGGAUAAAUUCGGUUUCGAGGAUGUGCACGCCCCUGGGACAAAAAUGUUUACCGAAUUGUAUCAGGCGAAUUUAGGAAAAUCUAGUUAACUUCGAGGUUGUAGAAUAGGAUGAUAGAACCGUGAACUCGAUGCUCGUAUACCGAUGAUCGAGAUUAGACAUGAAACCUAUUCCAUCGUUUCGUAGAUCAUCGUUUCGUUUAACGAGAACUUUGUCUCGUUAAGAAUAAUUUUCAUCAAAGAAGGUAUUGAAAUCAUCAAUUAUUUAUUAUAGCUUAAAUUGAAAGACAAAUAUAAUUAAAUAACGAGUAUAUAAAUAAAAUACAACAUUUAUUUUCUAAU